AAGUCAUGGCUAAGCAGUUAUCUUUGCCGAGAAAUGAAUAGCCAAUAUAGUCAGUAGAGUAUAUUCCGUUCCGAUCAUUACUCGGUAGCUAAUAUUAAUAACAAAUAACAAUGCAUAUCUCAUUCAUUUACCUGUUUUGUUUUUCUUUCGUUCUCGUAAGUGCUCGAAAUGCUUUUAUUAUGGACGAACGGUUUGUGUGCACCGUUAAGAGGUCGUGUCUAGAGUGUCUGAAGUUGCCUCAAUGCUCGUGGUGUCCAACAGAAAACAAAUGCUUUUCGAAAACCCUGACGAAGUCUUUGGACUAUUGUGGCAAUGAUACUAUUCCUCACUUCGAUUAUGGAUUGAGUUUUGAAGAAAACGCCGAGUGUUCGUGCAGUAAAGGUGACGUGGGUCGGACCUGCUAUCCACCCGGUGUCACCGAAGGGCCAGAGUGCUCCGGCCGAGGCACAUGCGUUUGUGGCCAGUGUGUGUGCAACCCGCAACCUGAUCCUCAAUACCCGACCAAGACGGUGAUGGGAGAAUACUGCGAGUACGACAAUUUCUCGUGUGACGGCCCUAAAUGCAAUGAAGGGCCAUAUUCUCUCACCAACCCUAAUGUAGUGGACGAUCAAACUAAAACGACCGCUGUUGAAAUACCGGCUUCGUAACAUUAAGUUGAACUGUUCAUCUAUUAUUUACUUAAUUUAAAUAUACCUAAUAUUAGAAUCUGUUAAAUGAUAUACAUAUAUAUAGUAUACUUUAAUAAAUACCUAUGUUAAGAAUGUUUAUAGCACAGUACGUACUUAGAUAUUGAUAUAAACUUGUUAUAAUCGUGUUUAUGUGACUGUCUUAUCGUUACCAUUGCGAAGUAAUGGUUAAAGGUUAAAAGUAAUUUAUAAUUAGCUGUUUAUUAAAAUGGUAAACCCAUUAA